AUGUCAAAUCCAUCAAACUCUUCUGAUCUGAUACCUCCUCCAACUCCUUCAUCUCCUCCUCAAUUACCUCAAUCAAAACAACAACAACAACAAACACUACCUUCAGCAUCUCUCAUUCUUCGUCAAACCAACAAACUAAACCCACGUUUACCUAGACCUUCAAAUCUUGCUCAUUCUACUAUACCACAUUCUUAUGCUUAUGGGGCAGCACCAACAGUUUCAGAACUAUCAGAUCAAUCUUCAACUCAUCAUCGUCGUAACACCAAUACUCAAUCAAACCCAACAACCACAACCGAUCAACCAACUGAAACUCGUACACCACAACCUAUUCCAACUAAUUCAUCUAAUACUACAUCUGUCAUGAUUGCAUCUGCAUUCGAAAGAGCUCGUUGGGCAGCAAGAGCAAAUGAAGCUUUAUCAAUCAAUCAAACCCCAUCACAAUCGCUAAAUCAACCAAGACCUCAAGAUCCAUCACCUCCACCUAUCUCUCCUUCAAGUUUGAAUCAACAAAAUCAGAUUAAGAAACGUAGAAAGAGUAGAAGAUCAUUGGAUCCUAGUUACAAAUAUAAACCGGGUGAUAGUGCUACAAGUGAUAGUGAAGCAGGUGAAGGAAUUGCAGAUAAACGUGAUAAACGGGAAAAGAAAGCUGCUGCUGCGGUGGCUAAUCAAACUAUUACUUCUAAUUCGAAACAAACUAAUAAAAAACGUAGAAGGACGACUACUCAUCAACGAGAUAGUGAAACUGAUAGUGAAGAAGAAGGUGGAGAAGGAAUCGCUUUAACUCGUGGACGUCGUUCGAUUAAACCUCCAACCACAUUUGAUAAUUCGAAUAGUAAACCAGCACGUAAAAGAAAAGCACCCAAUCCAAAAACACCUAGAAAUGGAACAAGUAAUAUAGGAUCUGAAACCGAAAGUCAUCAAAGUACAUUAAAUCAAUCUACUAGAAGACGUACUGUUAGUAAUAGAGGUACAUCAGAUGGUAAUAGAACAGAUGAUCAAAGUUCAAUUGUAUCUAAACCACCGACUGCUACAUUUUAUCUCGAACAUCCAGAUAGUCCAGAAACGUCUAGAAUCCCAAAUGAAGAAGAUCAUACCAUGGGUACUACUGAUGAUAGUCGAUUCACCCUUGGAACUGGAGUUGAAAGUUAUGAAUAUGAAGAAGAAGAACGGAUUGUAAAAGCUUUAGAAGCAGAAGAACGAGCCAAUCAUCAUCAUCAACCAGCUCAUGAUGAAGCUUCUCAAGAGAUGGAAAACUCGGUAUCUUUAGAAGAUUCUCAAAACCGUUCAUCUGAUCUAAUGAGACGUAGUCAAAGUAAUAGUCAUCAUUCGGAUUCUUAUCAACGUUCUGAUUCGGGUUUAAUCGAACUUGAACAAAUCGUUGCAACUUCUAAACUUCAAUCACAACCUCAACCUAAACUACGUAAAUUACCUAUCAACAAACCUUCGAAUCAUCUGAAUCCAAUCACACCUAUUGAAGAAUUAGAUGAAACUAGACUUUCUUCUCCUCCUCCUUCUUCACCUAUUAGAAAAAGUUCUAGACAGGCUGGAUUUGGUACUUUGGUUGGGUCUAAAGUUUUACGUCAAGUUUCUAAACUUUCGAAAUACUCUGGUUCUUUUUAUUUGAAAUCGGCUUUAUUGAUUUUCCUUUUAGCUUUAAUGAUCAGUUAA